CUUCCUCUCCUCAACAUAAUAAAGGAUAGCAAGUCACACAUUCAAUCGCCUCUCUCUCCUACUACUACUACUUCUCAUUUCUUUCUCUCUCAUUUUCUCUCUCUUUCUCUCUCUUCAUUCUCUCUCCUCUCGCAGCCUCAAGCUCUCUUCGUUCUUUAAGUAUAAACCGAGAUGGCUGAUGCAGAGGAGAUUCAACCCCUUGUCUGUGACAAUGGAACUGGUAUGGUCAAGGCUGGAUUUGCCGGAGAUGAUGCUCCAAGGGCUGUCUUCCCAAGUAUUGUUGGUCGUCCCAGACACACUGGUGUCAUGGUUGGUAUGGGACAGAAGGACGCAUAUGUUGGAGAUGAAGCACAAUCUAAGAGAGGUAUUUUGACCUUGAAGUACCCAAUUGAGCACGGUAUUGUGAGCAACUGGGAUGACAUGGAAAAGAUUUGGCAUCAUACCUUCUACAACGAACUUCGUGUCGCCCCUGAGGAGCAUCCAGUUUUGCUCACUGAGGCACCAUUGAACCCUAAGGCUAACAGAGAGAAGAUGACCCAGAUCAUGUUUGAGACCUUCAAUGUGCCUGCUAUGUAUGUUGCCAUCCAGGCCGUUCUUUCUCUGUACGCUAGUGGACGUACCACAGGUAUUGUGCUUGACUCUGGUGAUGGUGUUAGUCACACUGUUCCAAUUUACGAGGGUUAUGCCCUUCCCCACGCCAUUCUCCGUUUGGAUCUUGCUGGUCGUGAUCUCACUGAUUAUCUCAUGAAGAUCCUUACCGAAAGAGGUUACAUGUUCACCACAUCAGCCGAACGGGAAAUUGUCCGUGAUAUUAAGGAGAAGCUAGCAUACGUCGCGCUUGACUUUGAGCAAGAAUCAGAGACUGCUAAGAGCAGCUCUGCCAUUGAGAAGAACUAUGAGCUUCCUGAUGGUCAAGUUAUUACCAUUGGAGCUGAGAGAUUCCGUUGCCCAGAGGUCCUCUUCCAGCCCUCAUUGAUCGGUAUGGAAGCUGCUGGUAUCCACGAGACAACCUACAACUCCAUCAUGAAGUGUGAUGUCGAUAUCAGGAAGGACCUUUACGGUAACAUCGUGCUCAGUGGUGGUACAACAAUGUUCCCUGGUAUUGCUGACCGUAUGAGCAAGGAAAUUACAGCUCUUGCUCCUAGCAGCAUGAAGAUCAAGGUCGUUGCACCACCCGAGAGGAAGUACAGUGUCUGGAUAGGAGGGUCUAUCCUUGCAUCUCUCAGCACCUUCCAACAGAUGUGGAUCUCCAAGGGCGAGUACGAUGAGUCUGGUCCAUCAAUCGUCCACAGAAAGUGCUUCUAAGCUAAGUUUUGAGAUUUGUAGUCCUUCAUAGUCUCCUGUUGUCUCUUUGUUUUUCUUUCAGUUUGGUCAAAAAAACUUAGUGUGGUGUAUGAUUUGAUUUGAUUUGGAUGAGAGAGAUGGAAAGGGUUUAGGAGCUUGUGGUUUUUUUUGGGACCAGAGCUUGGAAUUUCUAUUUGUUUGUUGUAACUAUUUUUCGGGCAUUAUGGCAUGUAAUCUAUGCGGAUUGCAGAAUGAUGUUUAAAUGCUAUACUCUACUAUUUUGCUGAGUCA